UUUUUUUUUUUUUUUUUUAACCCUUAACUUUAAAAAACCGCUGGGAAACAGAGUGGCGACAGCCGACGUGCAUCUAAAACACCAUCCUCGUCCUCUUAGACCUGCUUUCAUUGUCCUUCUCGCCCUUCCUUCACCCUCCUAGUUGUCCUCCUCCUAGUCCUCCGACUCUACUCCGGCUCUGCUCCUCCUCCUAAUUGUCCUCCUCCUCCCCGCCCUAGUUCUCCCCUUCCUCGCUCUAGUCGCCCUCCUCCUGACCCUCCUCACCCUCCUAGAUAUAAAGCGAAAUUCCGUUUUUUACGGCGGUAUGAAAAAAACGGCCGACUCGGUGCGAGAGAGCGGCACAGUUGCGCCCAUCACCGUCACCCUCACUCUGUCCACCAUCGACCUCCUCACUCGCCCCCGCACUCCCCUCUACCCCCCACACCCCCCCUCCUCCCUCCUCUCCCUCUCGCCCCCCUCCCCCAACUCCCCCAUCCCCACUCUUCUCCCCCUGGAGCCCUCCCGCCCUGCUCUUAAGCCCCCUCCGGGGUGGAAAGGAGGGGGAUUGGGGGGAGGAGGGGGGAGGCAGGGAGUUGAUGGUAGUUUUCCUUCUGCUAAUCCUGCAGCAGGUUACCACCAUCACCAAUCACAUCACCAGCACCAACACCAGCACCAGCACCAGCAGCAUCAGCAUGAGCAGCAGCAUCACCGCCGCUCGUUCUCUCUUGCGCCGGACGCCCUCAGCAGGAGCAACACAACAACAUCGCAAUCCUCUUUACCUCCCCCUCCUGACUCUUCUGCUCCCUCUGCUGCUGCUAAUUCUGCUUUUGGAGCUGCUCGUGACACCCCAGCACACGGCAGCGGCAGCAGUCACCACACAGCACACUCGCACACUCGAUCCCACAGCCACGGAGGUGGCCUGCUGCUGCCAUCCCACCAGUUAACCGCACAGCGGCCCCGGGUGGGGCGAGUGCGAGUGGGGAGCGUGGGGGGGUUUGCAGAGCUAACCACCCUGGCUCCUGCCUCAACCAACCAGCUGCAAUCACGAGAACCUAACGAUUUGGCCAAUCAGCAGGAUGGGUGGCAUGGCAAUCCCACGAUGAGUGGUGGUCGCCCGUCAACCUCGGCCGCCCAUGGCCGUCCUUCCACUGCUCGCAGCAUGCGCAGCAUGUUGAGCUUUAAGCGGAGUGAAGGCAGGGAGAGAGCAGAGGGGCAUGGGGGAGAGGACGGACAGAGAGGAGGGGGAGGAGAAGGAGGAGGAGGAGGCGAGCCAGAACUGGACCACGGCCGGCAUUCAGGCUCCUCCGGCUCUCCCCCUGGCCCUCUUGCCUGUGUCUCUCUUGCUGCCUCUGACCCCCUCCGCCCCGCCUCAGGUAUCUCUAGCUUCGCCGCCUCCUGGCGUCCCUGCUCACCCACUCUGACUUACAGACCUGUUGCAAUGCCAGGUUCGGGACAAGUCUCGCAACUAGGCUCGGCAGCGGUGGUGGACCCGGCUGGGGUAGGCCCGGCAGGGCUGCCCGUAGACGAGCCUAGGUCAGGUCCGGGAAGACCUGGGAGGUUCGGAAGAAGAGGAGCGGGAGGAUGGGGGAAAGUAGGAGUUGAGAGAUGGGGAGGGGGAAGAGGGGAGGAGGGGGCGGAUGGGACGAGUGAGGAAUCUUGGGAAGAGAAACAGGAGGGUGCAGGAAUGAGGAGAGGUGGUGAAAUAGAAGGAGGAGGAGGAGGAGGAGGAGGAGGAGAAGGAGGAGGAGGAGGAGGAGGAGGAGGAGGAGGAGGAGGAGGAGGAGGAGGAGGAGUUGGGGAAGGGGGAGGGGGAGGGGGAGGGGGAGGGGGUGAGGGGUGGAGCGAGGAGGGGCAGUGGGACAGGGAGCAUGAGUCUCGGUUCCGAAGCCGCAAGUCGCCAGUGCUGGACCGACAAGCCGUGGUCGAGGGCUAUCUGCAGUGCGCCGCUGCCUGCGCCCACGCCCCCGACCUGCAAAUGCUCUUCCUUCUGCGCCUCGCCCUCGCCCACCGAGACCUCGACCCGGUGGGAGGGGUGGCAGAGGCGGGGCAGUGCUGCGUGGCUGCUGCUGCUGUGGCGCUGCAGUAUCUCACCGCCCUUUACAUCCCCACCAGUAGCAGCCACACCAACCAGGUGUCUAGCUCCCGUGCUGGGAAAUCAAGAGCUGCUGGCAAUGCGGGUGCUCGUGAGGGGGGUGGUGCGGGCGGUGGUGGCGAUGCUGCGGUUGGUGCUAGAAGUGUGACCACAGGCACCACCACCACCACUAGCACGUUCACAUCGCACGCCACCACCACCACCACCGCCACCACCACCACCACAACUACCGCCACCACAGACACACCAGUCGAUGAAGCAGCAGACGACGAGGCAGCCCCAACCGGCUUCUUCUCGUGGCACCGCUCCAGUGCCAUCUCAGCAGGUGGCUCCAUGCCCGCGCCUGUGUGGGCUCAGCGGCACGUGGACGCCCUGCUGAGAGUGUGCCCCGAGCUGCCCCUCGUGGGGGCUGGGCUCAUCCGGGCAGCUGAGAGCCGAGGCAUGGUCAAGAGCAAGAGGAGGAAGAAGAAGGGAGGAGUGGGGAAGGGGGAGGGGGAAGCAGAGCAGGAGGGAAUGGAGGAAGAAAGAGUGGUGGUAGCAGGAAGGGUGGCGGGGUAUCUCCACGUGAGCGAGCUCUUCGUCGCCUCUCUCUUGGAGGAAGCUUCCUCCCUCUUCCUCUCGACCGGCCUUCACUCCUUCGCCAUUCAAAUGCAGGAGCUUCUGCUGCUGCCCUUCUGGAAAGAACGGGGAAACUUCUCCGCAGUUUCCCGCUGCCACCAGCGCUUGGCUGCUUCGUACCUGCUGCUGAUGCAGAUGCCUGGGAAGGGUGGGAGUGUGGGAGGAGAUGGGGCGUGGGGUACAGGAGGAGGGGAGGCGGGAGUGAGGGAGGGUGCGUCGCGGCUGCACUGUGUAAGCUACUUCCUGGUGGCCUUCUAUGGGGAGAGGUUCGGCCCAGGGUUCAAUGGACGCCAGUUUGUGUAUAAAGAACCCAAGGGCACCUCAGCAGCAGUCCUGGUGAAGCGCCUAAGAGACAUAUACGACCGGAUACUAGGCAACAGCAGCAGCCUGCGCAUAAUCACCUCGCCCAUAAUCACCCCAGAGGACCUGCGGCACACCCAGCUCUGCACAGUGCAGGUGGUGCCUGUCUACCCCGCCCCAGCUAUGGUGGCGUGGCCCAGGGAGGCAUGGGAGCGGAAGGCAGCACGGGUUACUUUCAUACUGGUGCCAGCGCUGGUGGCCAUUCUUUCAUUGAUUAUUACAGCUGCAGCAGCGGUGGUGGUGGUGGGGGGAUUAGCAGUGGGAUAGGAUCGGAUCGGAUCUUUCCUGUGUGGCGGUACCGCAAGGUGCUGACGGUGCAUCCCCUCUUCCCCUCCCUACAGCUGCACCUGCCAGUCGUUGCCACACACACUAAGGAAGCCACGCCCCUAGAGCUCGUCUUAGACGAGAGUAUGCAAUGGGCUAGGAGGUUAAGACAAUUAGUUGACACGUGGCGUGCUAAGACUGGCCAG